UGGGGUGGCUGGGACCGUUAGCUCGCCAGGCUGGCAGGCUCCGGGGCCCAGCUCCGCCGGCCGCCGGGAUGGAGACGAUGCGAGCACAGCGGCUGCAGCCCGGCGUGGGUGUCGGUGGGAGAGGCACUCUGCGAGCGCUGCGGCCCGGGGUGACCGGGGCUCCGACGAGCGCCGCCACACCCCCCGCGGGCCCGCCGCCCGCCCCGCCGCCCCCCGCCCCGCCCCCGCCUCCGUUGCUUCUGGCUGGGGCCCCCGGGCUGCCCCUGCCCCCCGGCGCCGCGGGGAGCCCUGCGGUGCUGCGGGAGGCGGUGGAGGCGGUGGUGAGGAGCUUCGCCAAGCACACGCAGGGCUACGGUCGAGUGAAUGUGGUGGAGGCCCUUCAGGAAUUCUGGCAGAUGAAGCAGUCUCGGGGUGCUGACUUGAAGAAUGGGGCUCUGGUGGUGUACGAGAUGGUCCCCUCCAACAGCCCUCCUUACGUCUGCUAUGUCACUCUGCCUGGGGGGAGCUGCUUCGGGAGUUUCCAGUUUUGCCCCACAAAAGCUGAGGCCCGGCGAAGUGCUGCAAAGAUUGCAUUAAUGAACUCCGUGUUCAAUGAGCAUCCAUCCCGGAGAAUUACCGAUGAGUUCAUUGAGAAGAGUGUCUCAGAGGCCCUGGCAUCUUUCAAUGGUAACAGAGAGGAAGCCGACAACCCAAACACGGGGAUUGGUGCCUUCCGAUUCAUGCUGGAAUCUAACAAGGGCAAGUCAAUGCUGGAGUUCCAGGAGCUGAUGACAGUUUUUCAGCUGCUUCACUGGAAUGGCAGCCUUAAGGCCAUGAGGGAGAGACAGUGCUCUAGACAGGAGGUGUUGGCUCAUUAUUCUCAUCGGGCCCUGGAUGAUGAUAUUCGCCACCAAAUGGCUUUGGACUGGGUGAGCCGGGAGCAGAGUGUGCCAGGGGCACUGUCAAGAGAGCUGGCUUCCACUGAACGGGAGCUCGAUGAAGCCCGGCUGGCGGGCAAGGAGCUACGCUUCCACAAGGAAAAGAAAGAUAUUCUCCUGCUGGCUGCUGGGCAGCUGGGCACUAUGCAUUCCUCCAGCUGCUGAGCAUAGACGCUCUACUUGCUAUGGCUCUUCAGGCCCUUUUUUUGUAUGUCUCCUUUUUAAGACGUAGGAUGAUGAUUUCUGUAUAUACUUUUUCAAUUUUAUACUUUAAAAUAUAGUAUAGUAUUUUAUACUUUAAAAUAUAUGUAUAAAUUCUACACCUGACUUCCUAUUUGCUAAGAGAUCCCUUUUCUAACUUACAGUUUGGGAUGUAGUUACCUUUGAAGUAUCACUGUUCCAUUUUAGAGCGUGGUUGGCUCUUAAACCUUCAGAUUAUCUAACUCAUUAACAUGAACAAUUUACUAAGUGUUCAUGUCUCUUUAAGACAGCAGACAGGUGUGUGAUGACUCAUCGCUAUGAUCUCUGCACUCAGGAGUCUGAGACAGUAUUGCUGGAAUAUGCGGCCAGCCUGGACUACAUAGGAAGUCCCAGGCCAGCAUGGGCUACAGUGUGUAAGGUCCUGUCUCAGAUCCCUCUCCUCCCACAAAUAAAACCACAGUGGGAAUAAGGAGCAUGUGCUCCACCUCCUCCAUAGUCUUGGUUUCUACUCCACUAAAAUAGGGUGGGAGUCAGGUUUUGGUUUGAAGUGAUCUUCCAAUACGCCUCUCCUGCUCACUUUCCUUCUUCCUUGCCUCUAAGUGCUCCUUCAUUUCCAGAAGGAGACUUGGCCUGGAACUCAUACUAUAGACUAGGAGGGCAGCAUACUUGUGGUUGUAUCCUGCUGAGAUCAUAGGUAUGGGACACCAUGCCUGGCCUGGUUUUUAUUUUAAAGUCACUCCUGAGAAACUGCCUAAGAACAAGAGAAUUAUAUACCCAGUUCAUAUGCGGAUGGAUAGGUGGCACUACCUAAGCUGCUUCUGGGCUGAUUUACCCCUGCUAGCAGUCUGGAUUUCUGGAUGUGAGAAGAGGGUAAGGGGUCAGGCUGCUUGCCUUUCACCAUUCCUUAGAGUCACUUCUCUUACUCACCAGACUUAAUACACACUUGCACAUACAUGCACAAGUAGCCCAGGCUGGCCUCAAACUCUCCUUGUAGCUGAGAAUGACCCUGAACUCCAGACUUCCUGUGUCAACCUCUCACAUGCUAGGAUUUCAGUGAAUACCACAUCAGCUGCCUUAAUCCUUCCUUCAUCGACAAGAAGCAUUUGAUUAGAAACUGUAGCUGUUUUGUUUAGUGAGAACCAUGUUCCUUUCCUGUUCAAUGAGCUGUGCUGUUUACUUUGAAGUGUACAUAUCUUGGAUUCUCAUUUCCUGCUUCUUCCUUCUUACUGACUGUAAGAACAGGGGUAGAUGAAGCUUGGAUUGGAAUGUGACUUCUUAAGCACAAGAUGUUACUUGUGUGUGAAGAGAAAACUGACCUGGAGGAUAAGUAGGCUCUGUACUUUUGGAGAAUUUUAUGUAGUAAGCUCAAUUUCCCUUCUUUCUGUAGUCUCUGCUAUAUUGUAUUAUUGUUCAGUGCACUUUCUAUCAAGUUGGAACAGUUAAUGCUACUAUAAUUCGACUUCCCAUUUGACAAUUGCAGUUUGAUUUUAGAUUAGGAGCCGGGUCUGGUGGUGCAGGUCUGUAAUCUCAGCUACAAAGGAGGCUAAGGCAAGAUAGGAAAUUCAAGGUCUAACCCAGCUAGAGCAAGUUGAGGGGCAACCUGGAUAACUUAGCAAGACUCUGUCUCGAAAAUAUGAAGUAAAAACAGGGCUGGGGAUAUAGCUUAGUAGAAAAGAGUCUGGUAUUUGAGGCCUAAAUUUAAUCUCUACUACAAAAAGGAUAGGGGAGGGAGUGAGAGACUUGGCAGGAAGGAGGAAGGAAGGGAGCAGGGUCAGAUCAGUUAGCUCACUGGGUAGGAACAGGGUGAAAGCAGCUUUCUUGCUUUUGAAAUUAUCUUUGUGACAAGGACACAUGGGAUCAGAGUAGGGUGUCCAGUUAGGACAGUAUCAGAGCUUGGAAAAGGGUUCUUUGAUUCCUUUAGUUAGCUCUGUCUCUUUGUUUCAUAAAACAUACUGGGUUGGAACAGAGGCUCCUGCAUUACAUGAUAUGUGUCACUGUUUUAAAUUGAUAUUUAUAACCUAAAUAACACAAAUCUUCCAGUUUCUCCCGUGCACCUUUCUUUGUGUAAGAUGUGUUAAAGGUUAUCAGUUUGGGGAAGAAUUGUCCUUGUACCUUCUGGAAUUAUUAUUUUUCUCAAAAACCCAAGACUCCAAAGAAUAUGAAAAAAAUUGUUCUGCCCACUUUUGAUGUUGAAGAUUUUAGUUGUCCUUUUGGUACUUUCUAUGUAUUUUCUAUGUAAAAUUUUACACAAUUAAAAAUGUUUUUUUUUUUU